AUGUACCACGAAGAGUCCAGAAAGCUCGAAGAGCCCCACACCAAAAGUCGAGCGAAACCAAGGUCUCACAGAAAAGUUGUUGGUCGCAGAGCUGGCAAAAGAGCCGCCCAACGAAUGAAUAUGGCAUUAGGUGACGACGACGACGACGACGACGAAAACGAAGACGAAAACGAGACUGCACAUAAUUCUGACUUUGUUACCUGCUCGUCGCCUUUUAAAGAUCAAAAACAGACUAGCAACAGCGAGCCCCUGGAUUCAGAUCAAGACUUGGGACAUGCUCAAGCACAAUUGGAAAAACGCAAAAUAAAGAUCGCACCGCGCUCGACUCUGCAGUUUAAAGUCGGGCCAGACUUCAAAGAGGGUGCUACAUAUUGCCAGGUCGUGUGUUCAACAACCAAAUUGCCCGUCCACUUCGUUCUCACGCCGCGUAUUGACCGCGGUUUCGACAAUAUUGACAAUCAGUGGAUAGGCUACAAACGCAAUUACUUCACCUUGGUAACGUCGUUCGAGGUCGUGGGCGUCCAAACCGGAGAUUUUCUACUCAAGUCCUACCAGGUCACUGGCCUUCUAGGUAGCAAGCCUGUUGAAGUCAAGUAUUUCGCGGUUCGUCUCGUGGCAAUAUGCACAGAAGACGAAUCACCGGUUACAUUGGUGCAGCACACAGCAAAGCGAGAUAAAGGUCCCCAAUUCGAGCCACCCAUCCUGCCACUAGUUCCAGCACCAUUGCCAACGCACCAAAUCAUAAGGGAGGCGUCUAAUGUCAGAAACGAGGCUAAAAUGAGGAAAUAUGAUCAUUUAUUUUACCUCAAUCGAUUUUCAGAUUUCCCGUACACCCCAGAGGACGAUCUAGUAAGUUCUUAUCCUGAGAAUCGUAUCAGAAAGGUAGCCCGGUAUGAAAGAGUCCAAUUUUCUUCCUCAAUCAACGCCAAGAAAAAUGCCACCCAAACGAAACACUUCCAACUAAAGGUCAUAUUGGGUUGCGUCAUCAAUGAGACGCGUCUUCACCCGGAUUUCUUUCGGAAUCUCGAAGGGCGGGCGUGUUUCGUGGAAAACAGAUCCUCUACAUUCGUGCCCAUCACUGAGAUGAUAACUCCACCUUUAGUAAUUCGAGGAAGGUCCCCAUCAAAUUACUACGGAACAAACGCUGCGAACCUGGAUGAUAAGAAAGGUGAACAAACGACCAGGACUAGAAGCCCUGAGUAUUGUGAUCAAAAGCCCGAUAUGUGGCACGAAACAUCGGCAAAAGCGCUAAAUUCCACUUUCAAAGUUUGUGGAUAUCAAUACGGGAGCCAAGAGCACGAGUUCGCACCCAGUGAUAUCACCAAUAAACGAGGAUUGGCCAAUACGAGUCUCCCUCACUUAACGCCCCGACUUUCACUUUCCUCACUAGCCCGUCCUGAUGUGAGAGUAGAUCUGCAGACUAUGUCGUGCAUUGAAGCGUUGAUGCUGAAAAAGCCCGCAGGAUGUACGGACAAUGGAGCAUUACGGAAGGACUUAGACAGAUAUCCCAAACUUCAACAGCAGCCUAUAGUUGGUAUGAAAGACAUCGAGUUGGCACCACUCCUAAGGCUAGCCUCAUCACAUUGCGACCGCAACCUGGGUUUCACACACGAAUCGUUCAAUUUGGGAAUGGGAUCUUUUAUCUCUGGCUUCCCCCCAAUCCAGCACGACAGUACAUCGAAACAGUCUGCCGAAAAAAAGAGGAAGCUCAAUAAGAAGACUCCGCUCAGUAAAAGCAGUCCACCCGACGAGCAGAUUGCUGCAGGUCCUGAAGAUGUGACCGAGACUUCCCUAGUUGAACAUCACUCGCCGAAUGACAAAGACGGUGCAAUGAGACAAGCGCGCGGAUUUCUCAGUCUUUCGCGAGCUGGCGGGCGGGCCAAUCCAAUGGAUAUAUCAUUCUGCUUAAAUCUAAGCACCGACCCAAAUGUCAAAACCCUUGCACGGCCGUCCACGUCACGCAGAGGAUUGGUAUCGAGACAGUUGCUGACAUCCAAUGCCAAACCCUCGGAUAUCUUUGGCUCUAAUGAAUUUUUCGAUGAGCCAAGCUUUUACAGGCAUUGA